AUGCGUCUGACGUAUGUCGGUGUUUCAGACACUGUUCGCCAGUUCUCGUGCGAUGGCUUCGCAGGUGAUCGAUCGGGCCGAUGUGAGUGGGGAAUGUACGGAGACAGAGUGGGCAGGAAGGUCGGGGACGUCACAGUCGGUUGCAGUGGUGGUGGUGGUGGUGGUGGUGGUGGUGGUGGUGGUGGUGGUGGUGGUGGUGGUGGUGGUGGUGGUGGUGGUGGUGGUGGUGGUGGUGGUGGUUGGUGUGCUAGAUAAUGCAGUUUUUAUUGAGUUAAGAAUGUUGGCUGCGCAAAAUGUGCUAGGUGUGUCGAUGUCGUGGUCAAUUCCGCUGUCGUGGAUACGCAUGUGACCGAAUAGACCCAUGCGAUGAGUGAAUGUAUGGCGGCAGUGAGGGCAGUGGAGGCGGAUGUGGCGAGUCUAGGUUGGUGCUCCAGUCACUAGUCCUUCAGUCUCUGUGCGGUAUAUUAGCAAGUGACCUAUCAGGCCGAUGUGUGAGGUGAAGGUUCGACUGCAAUGAGGACAGGUAUGGACCAAGUCAACAUCGCCGGAGGUGGGUGUGGUGAAUGUGAAUGUGUGGGUGGUUUUCGGGGCGUCAGGAGCGUUUUAAUCUUUGAUGGCAACGGAGGUGUUUGUCCACAAGGAGAAGAAGAUUCAAUCAGUAGAACAAGAAGUUUAUUGGCCUGACAUUUCGGAUUCGCACUAGAACCCACGGGUUGUGUUCGACGUCGUUGCGGUAGUUUAGGCAAGUUAGUGGAGGUGGUAGUGGCCAACGGCAGUGAGACACAGGGAUUCAAGGCAGCAUUGGGGAAGGUGGACGCCGAUGUGGUCGACGUGGAGGUUGAGGCAGGCGCAAUCGUGAAGGCAGCAACUAGCGCUGUUGGAAGGUUGAUAGACUGACUCUAAAGAUGACCGACGAGGCCGAUCCGCGCGCGAAAUGUUCGCUGACAGAGCGGACACGUUAGGUGGGGUUGUGUGGCGACGUUGCGAAUCGGAGGUGUCCGAGACUUGCGAUUAACCCUGUUGGCUUUGGUCGUGACGAUCUGGCUUGCUUCAUAGAUGGCUGCUCCAGCCUUAACCUCUCUUCUCCAGGCCGGUCUUUUUUGGGCGAGGCCCUCCCAUGUCUCUGGAUUGCUAUGUAAUUGCUUAAGAGAAUUUUUCAGUGUGUCCUUUUGACGUUGUUUUGGAUCGCAACGGUCGGCGAGCAGCGGUGGCGACAUCACCAUAGAAGACUUGUUUCGGUAGACGUGUAUUUUCCAUCCUCACAGGAUGGCCGCUCCAAUGUAGUUGCAGUUGCCUCAGCACGGGAUGAAUGUUGAGGAUCCCGAUCCAUCCAAGGACUUCCGUGUCGGGGAUCCUGUCUUGCUAUCUCAACUUUAGUAUUCUGCGAAGGCAGCUGAGAUGGAAGUAGUUGAACUUCCUGGCUCGAAUGAAGUUGACGGUCCAGGUCUCUGCUCCAUACAGAAGUGUUGUCGGGACGACGGCCUUGCACAUCUUUAAUUUGGCGCUCAUUUGAAGGCCGUGGCGAUUCCAUAUGGAGUUCUGAUGCUCACCGAAGGCCUAGCUGGUUUUGGAGAUCCGAUAGGCCACUUCGUCGUCGGUUCUGCUGCGACGUGACAUUGCGCUGCCUAGGUAGUUGAAGUUAUCCACGGGCUUCCGUUCGGUGCCGUUGGCACGGAUGCGAGGGACACUGCGUUCAGCGAGCGAUGACCGUUGACCACUGUCUUGUCCGUAUUGAUGGCCAGUCCGAAGUGGGCGCAUAUGGAGGCACGUCUUGUUCAAUCGUACUGUUGAGUGCGCAGCCGUCGGUUAAAUGCAGAUUGUGGAUAGCAGUUGCGGAGGGACGCGCUAAGGCCUUCAUUUGCCAUCUGUCGAGAAGGUGCCCAUCGGUCCUGUUGUCGACGCGAAUCCCGGGACACUCAUCACGGUCGACAUUCAUCAGUAUGGCAGAGAACAUGAGACUGGUGAGGGUGGGCGCGAGUACACACCGCUGUUUCAUUCCAUUGAUCACCGUGAAUGCCUCGGCGAUUGCGCCAUCGUCCGUGACGCGCGCCAUCAUUCCAUCGUGGAGCUGACGUACCAUGUGCGUGGAUCGUUCAGGUCACUCGAAUUUCUGCAUGAUUCUCCUCAGUCCUUCGCGGUUCACCGGACCAAAGGCUUUUGUCAGAUUCACAAAGGUGGUGUAUAGGUGAGCCCGCAUCUUCUGACACUUCUCUUGUAGCCGGCGGCAAAGAUCAUGUCAGUGGUUGCUCUGUGUCGCCGAAAACCACAUUGGCUUUCCGGCAGGAGUCCUUGUUCGAGGUGUCCAUUGAGGCGAUUGAGGAGGAUACGAGCGAGGAUCUUGCUGGCGAUGCUGGUUCCCUUUGCGCUUGUACAGAUGGAUGAUGGCUGGUCCUUGAAAUCCCGUGGAACUUGUCCGCGGCGCCACAUCUCCUGAAAUAGCGCCGUCAGUUUUUCCAUCAGGCGGUGACCUCCGUGCUUAUAGAUUUCAGCUGGGAUCGCAUCGGAGUCGGGUGCUUUACCGCUGGAAAGUUGUUGCACGGCGCGGAUGGUUUCUGAGAGAAGAGGCUGGAAGCCAGGUCGGGGUUGGUUUCCACUUGGGGAGUCGGUCGAUGGCGGCGUCAGAGAUUUUGGAGAAACGGCUGGGGACGCUUCUGAAUUGCUCGACACAGCGCUUCAGAAUCUGCGAGUUUUCCGUCAGAAGCGUUUAUCCAUUGGAGCUGAGAAGCGGCGCGAUCCCUUUCCUUGGGGACCGUCGAUCGCUUUGAUCGCAACGAAGAAGUUGUUUAACUCGUUGCGGUCGCCAUAUCCCUGGAUCUCCCCGACCUUUCGAGCCAUCCAGGCGUUCUGCAUUUCUCACAACCGUUGCUGCGCAGGGCGGCAACAUUGGUUAAAGGCCGCUUUGUUCGCACCGGUCGGACAAUCGAUGUAGGCCCCGUACAGCCUGUUCUUCUCGGUCAGCAGAUUACAGAUGGCUGCGUCGCUGUCGUCGAACCAGUCCCAGUGUUGGCGACGUGCAUCAUCGAGGACAGCCAGGGCGGUCGAGUGAACGGCGUCCCGCAGUCGGCACCAUCGAGUUUCCACCUAAGCGUUUUCAUCUGCCGCUGACAGGUUUUCAGGCCGCUGAGUCAGUUGAUUGUUGAAAUGUAGACUGUGAGCAGGCAGAGACAACAAAGCGGUAUUCAGUUUGCCUGGGAUCGCUUAUCUUGUGGCCUUCUGCGGAUUUGCGGACAGGCCUCAUUUUGGAGAUGAAAAGGCGUUGGUCCGUCCAGCCAUCGGCGUCGCAGAUCGCCUUAGUCAGCAGUAGGUCCUACCGAUCUCGCCGCCAAACGGGAACAUAGUUCAGCAGCCGCCAGCGCCACGACCGGGGUGCAUCCAGAUGGCCUUAUUCCGCAUCGGCAGGCUGAAAAGGGUGUUGGUCAUGAGGAAGCGGUGUUCAGCCUAGGUUCCCAUGAGGAAGAGGACACUGUUGCUGCGGCUGACGAUUACGCGUGGACCAAGCACUACUCUUCAGGCAGCACAGUCUGUGCCGACGCGGACGUUGAAUUCACCAAGAACAGUCAACUUAUACGCCUUCGGCACACAGCCAGGAGGGCGUGCACGUCUUCGUAGAACUUUGUCUUCGUUCUUUCUAAGCCAAACAUUGUUGGGACGUAGGCGGUGAUAAUGGUGGCGAAGUGGGAUCCUUGAAGAGGCAGGCGCGGGCUCAUCCAGUCUGUCGUUGAUGCCCUGGGCAGACAGAGCAGUCGUACCACGAUGUCGUUCCAGAUGGAAAAGGCGACACCCGCGUUCCAUCGCUCUGCCCCGGGGCGACCGCUCCAGAAGAAGGUGUAGCCGGCACCUACCUCCUCCAGUUAGCCUUAUUCAGAGAACCGGGUCUCGCUGAGUGCACCAAUGUCCACCUUGUAGCGCGUCAGUUCCCGGGCGACUAGCGUCGUGCUCCGCUCCGGUUUGUUGUUCCUCGGAUUGUCUAAAAGGGAACGAACAUUUCAGGCUACCGGAAUGAGCGGACUCACCCUAGCAGCCUGUGGGAUAGGACGAAGGGGAGGAGGGGAAGGAGGAUAGAGAGAGUAUUGUUUUUAUUUUGAGGGUUUCGACCGUAUGUGUAGCAGUUUUUAGGGCCACGAUCUGUGCGCAGAUUUCAUGAACCCGGCUUUGCUUAGGGCACCUUUUAUAGCCCCCUCCCCCUCGCGGAGGAAGGCGGCGCUGUCCCUCAAUAGGGCUACUUUGUCGCACCAGACGGAUGCCGCUCUUUACUAUGGGUCACUGGGUUUAAUGAGAAAACGACCAAUGACCUGGACCGCCUACGUGAUUGCAUGUCGGCCUUCACGUGGACCCGCAGUUGGUCACCCCUGCACCCUCGAAAUCACCUAAUGUCGUAUGCUCUGUAUCUUCUGUGCUAAGGCUAGUUCAACUCAAAAACGUUCUUAUGUUCGAUCCUCAGCUCUCGUGUAAGUCAGCUGGAUGAACUCCGAUCCUUCAUUGCCACAUUCGUUUCCAUUCAUUUCCAUUAAGAGGCAUAUUCUCUGCCCUAUGUUAAGGUCCCUAAAAUCUGCUGAGGAACGAUCGAUUUGACCUUCAUUUCUGUUCCUUAUGACCAAAACUGCGCUUCUAAGUGACCAGAGCCUGAUGUCCGCAGCCGCCGAGCACAACCGACACUGGCCUGUGCAAUUUUUAAACAAAUGCUUUUUCCAAACGCGUUGCUGCAACUGGCCUAUUACACCGAUGUCUGCCCCCUGUCGCCUGUUCGUUUGUCAGCCGCGCACAUUGUCGCAGCCGGACUGGUGACACAGCAGUGAUUUCGCCAUCGUCGUCCUCAUCAUCGCUGAAGUCUAUGUGCGUGUGUAUAUGCGUGUGCACGUGUUCCAGCCUACGUAUGCUAAGUAUGCGGAUUCUGGCACUAGCGCGAUUACAUACGUCAUUGCUGCUGCGGGCUUCCGCGUAAUUACGUGCUAUGCAUUUGAAAAGCGGAGGCUUGACACAAUGAGACGUGGAAUCAGAUGAGGUCCAGAGACCGCGAGUUAGCCUUCUGAGCCGGCUUGUCAUUUAUAGAGGUCAUCAAACAUGAAAAACGUGAAGAAGAGGGUCAGCGCUGACGAGCACUGGCCCUUGUCCUGUGCGCGACGGGAGACAACUGUAUGGCGAUGUGAUGGGAAGUGGAGCGCAUAUACAACCCUCAAAUCAUGGGACCGGCUGAUACACAACAGACGACGUGCUCCGGUUUCCAUAUGCCAUAGCCCGAAGAAAGCUAUGUCCUGUUCCUAAAACUGGAGAUUAGGGCAAAGUACCGUUUAUGCAAGCACGCCCAAAUUUUCUCAGUGAUGCCAUCCUUUGCCUCCAGUGUGUUUUUUAGAUUUGGCGCACGGCGCGCAAGCCGAGACUUUACAGUUCUUUCGAUUGACGAUAAUGGCCUGCGUCUUUCUGGGAAAAGGAAGUGCGCGUCCUCCGAGUGCCUUUAAGAAUGGCAGUUAUGGGGUAAAUUCAUAACCACUCCAAUUGCCAAAUAACCGUUUUAUCUCCUUCAAAUGAGCCUUGCAUGAAAGACCUCACUUUUGUCUGCUAUCGACUUCUUUACUGGUGGGCUGGCUUGCCAUAUGUCGAUGUCUUUAAUUGAGGAGCAUCAGUAAGUUGUAUGUAAAUACUAUAGUUGAGGUAACGAGGGCAUGGAAUUUCGACCCCUCAACUUUGAUGAGACUGCCCAGAGGAGCGGCCUGGAAAGUUGUUCGCCGAAAAAAUAACACUCCUUCCCUUGAGACGAGGAUCAGACUGCAGUGACCUCUUACUGUGGCCAUUAUGGCAUCUCUGACUCCCAUCAGAUCUGAACCCGUGUGCAACAGGAGUUAGACGGAAGCCUUUGCGUCACGUCAGCCACUACGCCCAAUCUCGGAAUAAACCAGUAGUGUGUGCACGAGAGAAAACAGCGAGUGGUACCGAGCCAGCUCGGAAUAGAUGCCCAGUACCCCAGUACCUCACACAGCAAGGCAAGUGCAAGAGGCCUGGACGCCUACCGACCGCUCUGUCAACCGCCACAUCAAUUUGCCUCCCCACGAUCUGACUUUACGUACCUUCUCAGCGGGGGACAGUCACGGCGCGGGACAAUCGGGGCCGUCAGUCAUCUCCGCGGCCGACGGGGGCGAUUCAGGUCACGCUGGCAUGCGGGUUGGAUGCAGCCACACAGGCGGCAUUGGCGGAUCACGCAUUGAACAAAGGGCGCCAUUAUAAGGGGAGAUGUGCACAGGACUUCCCAGUCUCUGAAGAUGGGCAGACGAAUAAACUACUCGAAACGUCGGACCUCAAAUAAACCCCUCCCGGUGAACGUCCCCUCUUCUUUUGAGACAAAUUUGUAUUUGCAGAAUGGUAUUACCGACAAAGACAAGGGAGACUGGAAUGACCAUUUUUGGCUUAUUAGCCGUCGUCAGCCAGCCAUACCCAAGCCCGAAGUGUGGAACACCCGAGCCUUGUAUUUGAAUUAUGAGGAUUCACCGAAGGUCGUGGCUUGGAAAAUUGUCAACUGGCAGAAUAACUCGGUCCUAUUCAGUAUUCAGACUCAGGCAGUAAUGGCUCCAUUUUACUGGGGCCUCAGUGGGAUCAUUAAUAGCGUGAGCCUGAUGUGCGUGGAUUCCGGGACCGAGUCGUGUGCAGCACGCAUAGACAGGUAGCCUAGCUUCGUCAACCACCAUGCCAACGGCCGCGUUCGGUUGUUAUGAUUGUGGCUUGCCACUGGAAAGCCACGGGUGUGGACAGAGUUAGGGUGAACUUGGUGAAUCGCAAGCCCAUUUCCCAUUAAACUACUUCAAACUCAAGCUACUGCUGCGCCACCCAGUGAGGCGUUGGUGAGUCUCGUCGCAUGAGGUGACCGAAAAAUCUGAGGGCUGAGGGCGGGCUACCAGUGGGGGCGCAGCAUUGCAGAAGGUGAAAGCUGGAAGCUGCAACUCUGAAUUUUCGAGAUCCUCACAGCAUCAUGCAGAAAAAUGUUUAUAAAAAUCCACUCACUCUCUUUGUUAGUACAUGACACAGUUUAUGAAUUAGCCAACACAGUUGGAAAUAUGCAUCAAUAAAGACUUGAGAUUCACAUUUUUAUUUAAGGCCAGUUUGCCAUCCUAAGCCAUCAGCACGCUCAACCAAGCCAGAGAUAUCCGAGACAUCCUCAGUCUGAGUUUGGGGAUAGAUCCCUCUUGAGGUCGGCUGAGCGCGAGCCGACAUUUUUAAUCGUCCGCACUUUCGAUCGUUCUCUCCUCCCCCCCCCCUCUACUACACUGAGGGCAAGUGCACUCGGCGCAAUCGCAUUGAAGUCUCUAGGCGGACCGGACCAUUGAACGCUUAAAUUACUUUUUCACAGGCAUGCUGUGCAGGAAGGAAUACAAAUGUGGAUGCCUAGCACUCAAGCAGGCGCAUUAAUAUGCAAAAAUGGCUGCUGAGUGAGCGAAAGAGUGGCGCAAAACAUAAAAAAGGCAAUUCUGAAACAGGCAAGUUAGUCUAAACAGCACAGACAUUGAAGGGAUGAGCUCAACUGAACCAGUGCUUGGAGAACCCCUCAGAUUAAGACGAGUAACCUGCCACCGAACUGUCCGGGAUAAAAUGCAGGCCAUGGCACCUGUAUACGUUUGAAAUGAGCUCUCGGGGCUGGCGACACCAGUGAGUAAGACUCGAAAGUGGGUGGACAUGCGUGAGAUAGGUAAGGGGCGGGAGGCAGAAUGCCUGAUUAGCCCCUACGCCUACGCCCACCUCCAGUUAUUCCGCAAUUCCAUGCCAGAGGAUUAUGAUGUGUGUGUGUGUGUGUGUGAACGGAGAGUUAAGCGGGUUGUGCGAAAAUGCCUGUCACCGUAAUAAAACGCACAAGUAUGCCACCACUGUUAACCCGAUUAGUAUUAACCCUCACCAUGUUCAGGUGAUGAACCGUCGUAUCAUACGAAGUUUGCCAGAGGGAGCAGCACCCACCAAAAUCAGUGGUGACUUAUAUGUCAACCUUGACAGUCAAAGAAUCGUUAAAGGCGAUGAUAGCAAAACGGUUGAUCAAUACUUUCGAUCUGUCUGUUUAGCAAAGAAAAUACUCCAAACAAACGUGGUGUUGUUCGUCAUGAUUAAUUUAUCUCGCUGUUUUAUUUGGUCCUGUCAUUGUAAAAAAAUAGCGAGUUCUCCUCUCUCGCCUUAGGGAAGAGACAGAUAUGGUGAACUCCAGUGAAGAAAGCCAAACGUCAAAGUGAGAGAGACACCUGUUGUGUUUAUUUAAAAUUGUGCGCAUCAGCAUUUUAGCGAUUUUACCACUAAAAAGGACCACGAUGUGGAUGCGCUGGACUUAUACGGGGGCUAGAUCGGGAUCCGGCAGGCGUUAUUGGGAAUUCUCACCCGUAACAAAUGCCAAUUCUGAGGGCAUGGUGACAGACUCGGGUGCAGGCGCACGCCGCGUCAGUUGGAAUCCUAGCCACCCCCUUUCCCUUUUUAUAUAAAAUCUUUGACAGUGCCCGCUAUGGAUCAGGGAGUGUGGUGCUACGUCCAGGUGCAGGUUUUCGCCGUGCCAGUCACCUGCACCCUUCCCUGCUUCUGGUAUUCUUGAUGUUGUCGUGACACUGGGUUCAGGGGAAAGAGGAAGAGAGAGUGCGGUAUGUACUGCGCAAGUCUACUACCACCAGUAGAAGAAUCACGCGCAAGUCACCGUGCCUGCGUCCACUCCCUGCACCAGUUGCCUGACAGGCUCGGAAAGUCGACUGGAGCACGAGAAAGGGAGGAAUGAGGCCGGCACUGGGGAAGCCAUCAUCGGCGCAUUCCGAAAUUUAAUAAAUCGGACGCCUGAAUCUGUCAAGUCGUAGUUUGAAAAGUUGCCAACUGACGGGACAAAUCGGUCCUCCUCUCAGGACAGAGAGUCAGGCCGCAAGGGUUCCUCCUUAAUGUGGCCCCUAUGACACCCCGAUUCAGUUGGGAUCCAAACCGUCUCGCCCCCCUCGCGCGCGAAUCAGGCGUGCUUGGCACGGUUAGACGAGCUGUCUAGUCUUGUCCUCCACUGAGCCCAACACCGUCCCCCGUCUUAUUGCUUCCGCCUUGACACCACGCUCAGAUGAGUGGACGGGGAGAGAAUGGGGCAGAUGCGGCGCAGAUUUAUUGUCACUAUUGUCCAACUAAGUCCUGCGCAUGUCACCGUCCUUGUGCUAACCAUACUGCAGGGCACACGGAAAUCAUGGUUCAUAACGAUUGCACUGUCAUAUACACGAUAAAAUGCCUUUACCACCAUCCCUUCACGUAUAUCCAGCCGCUAAUUCAACAGUCUCCAGUUUGCCGCGGUUCAUGACGUAACAAUCCACUCCAUAGGAAGCUUGAAACGCAAUUUUAGUAACAUGCUCUCCGGAUCCCACUUUUGCCUAUCCUUCGCUUGGAAAGGAAAGUGAGCCUUUUGGACAUUGCAAUCAGACGUAAACCCAAUUUAUUUUCACCAUACAGUUCUCCAUGCAUGGAGGGCCGUCAGGGUGUUAUCACUAUGUAGCGUGUCAUUUGUGCUGUGCGAUUCAGUUACUGUGAAAAGUCACUGUUUUAGAACGCUGACAAACGAGUAUAUUCUUCAGGUUGUGUUAACUAGGACAGAUGCCAUCAAAUAUAUGUAAAGUUCCCCGGACAUUGUGUGACAGUCAUUUCCUGGUUUUAUCAUUGCUAACUGGUUUAUACUUGAAAAUUUCAGUAGGCCAUGGGAAUAAGUACCCCGUAUUACGGCUGGCCUUACGCGAAAUUCCAUUUGGGUUAGGGUUGGUGUUAGUUUCGUCGUUAGGAUGAUCGGGGUAAGAAAGGUUAGCUUUGCGGUUAGAGCAUGUUGUUAAAUCUGGGUUCCUUAAAUGCCUUCAUAGAUUUGAGGGUUACCAGCCGACCUUAAAAGAAUACACAUUGCUAGGCCACCCUAGAACCAAGAAAAUUUACCAGUUAAAAGGCACUCAAGAUCUAUAUGGGCAUAUUGAUUUCAGAAAUAAUGCUUGCAAAACUUCUCGUGGGCCAAUGAUAAACAACAUUUUGCCUGCCUCGUUGUGUUCGUGUGAGCCAAGAAGGCAAACUAGGACUGAAGUAUUAAUGAAGUUAGUUGUAGGCUGUUUGGGAAAUCUGCAUGAACCACUCUCUGACUUAAGGCUCAGUUUUUUGUAUAAUUUAUCCCCCUAUUGAGAUAAUAGAGAGGAGAGGUAGAUUGCAACAGAAACUUCCUACAACCGCGACGGCUAGGGCGUGACUGAAUACCAGGUAUUUCGUCGUGUUACCUUAGGUUGACACGCAUGAAACCUCCUGCUGUACUAAGCUCACAGAACAACACCGGAGGAAACUUUUAACUGGAGUUUAGGAUCAGGAGGUCACAUUGUUAAAGCGCGACAGGACCACCAGCUCUUAACCAGGGUCCAGGACAGUUACACGUUAUAAAACCAGAAGUCAAAUGAACUAACCUACUCCCACCCCCAUCAAAUCUUUCCCUGACUCCCACUUGAACCGGUGCGAACCUUUCUGACGGUAACACAGGUAGAUGUCGAUCUGUCAAAAUAGCUCAAUCAGAGUAAGGCGAGAAAUAAAACCGACACAUAAAUUUAGCGCAAGGCCUAUUCUAGUGUUCAAGCAAUUUUUUUUGCUGUCGAAGAACUCGAUUAGAAUCAGCCUUAGCAGUUCCCUGAUAGAAUUUUAUGUACGACUCCCUCCUCCCCCCCCCCGUGCAGGGCAAAAAAUGUAAGGUAGGAACACAUAAGGUUUACGGUUGGGCUUGCGGCCAGGGUGGUUCGGACUAGUGUUUUGGUUCGAAUGUGGGGCGCUGUUAGGCUUGCUUAGAGGAAACGCUUGGGACUACAAUUAUUUGAAGUGAACGCGGUUAGGGCUAGCGCUAAGAUUAGGGCUAGGGUCAAGACUAGGAUCAAAUAAAAAAACUAAGCACCUAAACCUUGCUCCAAACCUUAUUCAAAUCCUAACCCGGACCAUAAAUAAUUGCCAUAAUGCUAAAUCCAAGCCCUGAACCUAAAUCAAAAAUUGAACAAAAUAAUCGGGGUAUGAUUCUUAGUCGGUUCUUAGGAAAGCUUCUUAACAAGCGGUAUAGUUAACCUAUGAAUAAUCCACGUUCAGAAGUAUCGCCGUUAAUUGCUCCUCUUUCUCAUACAGGCCGGAUAUUUUAAGAUCAGUGGCCUUUGGCCGUUAUUCUCACUAACUACUAGCCAUCCUUCUUCCCACCUUUUGCAAACGUGUCCCCCGUCAGUAUUUAUUAUCUCUUGAACCCGACUGAUUUGGAAGAGCUGCCUGAAGGUUGUGGUCACUCACUAAUGUCCUCGUACACAACUAUGCCUAAUGCAAAACGAGGCUAUCCAAAUCCCUAUGGCAAAGUGUCAACUUUCCCUGUUACGCAGGCGGCAUAUCUGCUGCCAGUACUGGAGGGGACGACGUCGUAAAUUAUAACAUAAUUCUAUUAUCCAUAACGCACAUCCAUCCAGGGGAUUAUAUUCUGUCCUAGUACACUGGUUAUGGACUUAAGUCAUUCACGAAUACAGGCGAAAGUUCGAGUUCCAGAUGUGUGCAUAAGUGAAGAAGAGGAGUCGAGCACCGGAACAUUUUGUUUAUUGUUCUGAACUUUCGAACUCAUGAUGGGCUCCUGCACGAGUCCAAAAGCUCAGAAUAAUAAACAAAAUGUCCCAGUGCUCGAUCCCUCUUCUUCUUUUUCACUUAAGUCAUUAGUUUUGCGCCUCUGGAUCACUCUAGUAGGGUCAAGCUCAUCAUAGACGACCACUUCAGAACAGACCAAUGGGCUUGAAUUUUGCUCCUAGAGGUUCUUCAAUAUCCAGCUGGAACAGAUAUAGACACGGUAAUCAUACAGCUCCUAUUCUUUGCCGUUGAUCCAUUCAAAAAACCUUGUCUUCAGUGAACGGCGUCGUGGACCCCACUAAUAGGCCUGUUUGGGACCUCCCUUCGAGCCUUCGUUCACUUCGUUUCCGCAGAAACGGUGCCAAGGAACGACUCUGCAACCCCAUGGGUCUCACAACAACCGUGCGUGACUGGAGGGCAGAAGAGACGUAAAAACACAAGAACGUACCCUUUAGUAGAAACCCACGCCGAAGAGCACCCAGAAACGCGUGACACAAGGUUUGGUGGAUUUCUAUGCUGCGCAACUCCCCCAAGUGUCAUUGCUUCCCUACUCUUGACUGGCGUCGACGAGGGAGGGUGACUAUUUAGCCCUGAAAACGAUGUUUUCGAGGCAAUUGAAAAUGACCCUUUACAGCGUAGAUCCUCCAUCUUGUACAACGCCGAAGGAAACGGAUUCACACAUAAGGGACUGAAUGAGACAAAUUAAAAGUUUCUAGCCCAAAAGUGAUGCUCACAAAGAGAGGCAAACUGGAACGGCUACCCCCGACUUAUUUUCAUUUGUCAUCCAAGAUCGGGUAUCGAUUUGACGGUAGAAAUGGUCAUUUCAGUUCCCAUUUCCUUCUCUGUAACACUGCGAUUAUUGAUUCAUCACCGCUACACUACUGCCUGCGACUGUUAGACUCCAAGAGUAAAACUGACUCAUUCAUGUUCCGUUUUACAAUCAGGAUAAAUCGAUAAACUCCACUUUCAUGAGAUUGCAACUUUUUAGAGCGCCAAGACCGGAAGUCGUCGACUAAAUUGGUGGGUGGUACACAAUUGAGUCUAAUCUAUUGACAGUCUUGGCUUGAUGGCGUUUAGCACUCAUUCCUUGAAUAAGUCUCCAUCAGCUUUUCCUUAGUGGAUCUUUAGGCUCUGGUAGAAGGACGUAUUCUGAUGAGAUCUGAAAUGAAGAAGAAGAAGAAGAAGUAGAAGGAGAAGAAGAAAAAGAAGAAGAAGAAGAAGAAGAAGAAGAAGAAGAAGAUGAUGAUGAUGAUGAUGAUGAUGAUGAUGAUGAUGAUGAUGAUGAUGAUGAUGAUGAUGAUGAUGAUGAUGAUGAUGAUGAUGAUGAUGAUGAUGAUGAUGAUGAUGAUGAUGAUGAUGACGGAACCACUGGGGCAGGAAUCUUGUUCAGCUGA